CUGGUCGGAAAUUAAUAUUAAAAAAAAGAAAAAUACAAAUAUAGCUCUAGUAGUGUAUAAAAGUGAAAAAAAUUAAAAUAAAUUAAUAAGUCAACAUUGCACAAAAAAAAAAAUAUAUAUAAAAAAAGGAAAUUUAAAAAGAAAACAACAGAAAGAAGAAAAUACACAAAAAAUCAAAUAAAAAUAUACAAAAAAACGUAAAAGUCUAAGAGAAAAUCAAUUUUUUCCUCUGCAACCAUUUAAAAUCAACUUAGUCUACUCAUAAGUGUGUGUUUGUACUACCGUUAGUUUGUGUGUGCGUGGGUGUGUUUGAAAGUGUUUAAAUUACGUUAAAAACACAAGAAGUAAUAAAAUGCUUUAAAAUUAAUCAUAGAAAACGUAUUAAAAAAAGAAAAAAAAAUAUUUGCAAAAUAAAUCCCACUCAUCUAAAAAUAACAAAAAAUAUAAAAAUUUUCUUCAACCAAUAUGGCCACAUCAUCCUCUUCAAACUCUACAUCAAGUCGUUUGGGUAGUGCUUCUCCUUCAACUUCGGUUAUAUGUCAAGAAGUAUUCGAUGAGUCUUGUCAACCCUCUGAAGAAGAAAUCAACGAUUAUGCUGUAUUGGUUGGCAUUGAUCCAGUUAAAGAAACACAUUUGCUGUAUUUGGCUAAAGAAGGUUUGAUGCAGGCCCUGCCCGAUGAUUGGAAAAUAUGUUAUUCAGAGGAAAAAGGUGGUCAUUAUUAUUAUAAUCUAAAAACAAAAACCUCACAAUGGGAACAUCCACUCGACGAUGUUUAUCGUAAUUUAGUAGAACAAGCAAGACAAAAGCAUCAAAAUGCUGCUGCUUUACAAUCACACAACAAUACGACGAAUGUCAUCAUUAACGCUCUUACUAAUACCACCAAUUCAACGACGACCUCAAUAGCUCCUACAACAACUACAAAUGUGGUGGAUAAUUCAGAUGAUGCCUCACAAUUAGAUUCGGGUAUACGUAGUCUACAGGGCACCGAUGAAUGUGAUAAUACUACCAACACUUUUGAAAUGUCUUCACCCAGUACAACGCAAAUGACUCAGGGAGCUAUACCGAAACAGAGUAACAACAGUAUGGGAGGGGCUAAUGGUAGCAGCGGCUGUGGUAGUUUAACUACCAACAAUUCUUCUUCUUCCUCUUGCACUCCAAGUGGUUUUAGUGGUGGUGUUAGUCGUUUCUUAGAAUCGAGAACGAAAAAUUUCGGUUCCACCUUUAUGCCGGUUAAGAAUACACGCUUUGAAGUGGCCAAAACAAAUCCACAAUUAGGUUUCAAUAUGCGUUUGUCGAAUGAUAAUAUUUUGCAAAAGUUCCCAUUGGCCAAUAAGCCAGAAACCGAUGCCUUAAGUCUCAAUGAAAAGAAAGGUUUUACACUGUCGGGCACAGGAGCCAUGUUUUUAAAAUCACGCCGUCAAAUGGAAGUGGGUUUAAAUCAGGCUUCUGCCAUUAUCACCAAUCCGCACAAUAUCGUCAGUAAUAGUUCCAAUGUUAUAGUGGAGGGCAUUGCUGGUACACCUCCGGGGGUUAAGGGUAUAUUACGUGAUUCCAGUUUGACUGACAUGCGUAGACGCAUGGAAAAGGAGAAUCAUGAAGAGACAGGCGAUGAUAAAAAGCGUGUACAUUUUAAUCUAGAAGAUUGCUCUAAAAUGCGUCAUUCGCCCGAAGAGGAUCCUAGUAGUUCUAGAAAAUUGACUCAAAGUCCUGAAGUAUCGGCUAAUUCAGAUGAUGAUGCUGAAGAUGAUGAUCCUUGGGAUGAUGACGAUGAAGAUGAUGGCGAGGAGCUAAAUGAUUGUGUGGGUAUUGGCAGUUUGCCUUUAGAUGGUGUGGCCUAUCAACGUAGCCUCAAUCCGUUCUUUAUCAACGAUGAAAAACAUUUGAAAGAGGUUAAGAUAAUUCCCGUUUCUAAGACUCAAACCAUUCAAAUGUUAAAAGCUCAAAGCUUUUCUAUGGAUUUGCCUGAACGUGAAAAAGCCAAAAUCACCGAUUUGACUAGAUCACAAAGUGUUGAACAUGCUCAAAUCGCCAAUAACUCGGCCGUGCAAUAUUUGGACAAACUGAAAGAGUCAACCACAGUUAAACCGCUUUACGAGGAUACCGAUUCCGAUUCUAAAGGCAGUUCCGUUAGAAGUUUUAUAAUCAACAAAUCCGAACAAGAUUCUUUGCAAUCGGCCGGUCCAUCCAACAAUCCUUUCGAUCUAGAUGAACUGGAUCGUAAACACAGUCGUGAGGUAGAGCAGUUGGAGAAGAAAUUGCAGUCGGUAACUAGUGAAAAAUCUGCUGCAAGAUCCUUAAAAGUUGCUUCCAAAAUAGUGAAUUUCCUAAAGAAAGACACGGAGAAAGUUGCGGAAAAAUCUAAAGAUGAGGAAACGGACAAGACUGCCGAGAAUAUGCAGGAAAAUUUGGAGAAAGAAAAACAACUAUGGCUGAAAGAAGAACGUGAACGAUUGGAGGAACAAUUGCAAAAAGAAAUCGAUUUGAUAAAGAAAGAACAUGAGCAGAAACUAAAGAGUAUACGUCAUGAAUAUGACUUGCGUCUGACCUCGCAUCGCCACCAAAUGGAAGAAGCUAUCGAACUGCAAUUUGAGGAAAUACGACAUCAAUUGGAAGAAGAAUUGGAUACUAAACGCAAGGCAGUGGUAGAUGAACAUAAGACGCAAAUGUGUACCCUACAAAAGAAUCAUGCCGAGAUAUUGGAGGACUUGGAAAGAGAUCUCAAGAGUGAGGAAGAGAUAUUGAAAAAGGAACAUGCCUUAAAACUAAGCGAAAUGAAAGAUAAACUAAAUCAUGAACUAGAGCUGGAGAGACAAAGAAUGCGAGACAAUGGCGAAGAUAGACUGUAUGAGAAAGUGCGCUGUGAAAAACGUCUUCUUGAAGAUAAAUAUAGAUGCCUCAAGGAGAAGUAUAUAAGACUAAAGACCGAUGUUAAACUAUCGUUGGAAAGAAGAAAUCGUAGGCGUGAAGCGCAAGCCCUGCAGCAACAAAGUUUACACACUUGUACCACGGGUUCGGAGACAGAACGAUCCAUAUCGAAUAAGCCUUCUAUAGGUAAUAGCGAUAAUCGUUCUCUUUCAUAUUCUACAUCCUGUCAAAAUAGUGUUGGUGUUUCUACCAAUACCACGGGCAAGAAUGGCAAACCUCCAUUGCCACCCAAAACACAUCUACAUCCUCCCGCUAAAGGUGAAUUACAUCAGCAGCAUCAUAGCGAGCGUAGUACUGAAAAGGGUCCUGCUGUGGCAACGCGUAAGCCGGGUAUAGCCUCUAAAUAUAUCAAACACUUGCAGGCCCAGGAUGAUACUACUUCAAUGAGUCAAUCGGAUACUACUAUUUCCAACAACUAUUCCAAGGGACGUUAUUUGCCGGCUCCUCAACCUAUAUUAAGUGAUAAUGGCAAUUCGGAUUCCGAAGCUUUCCAAAGUAAUCAAGAGAAUAAUAAUAAUUCUCGCGGUGGAAGUGGUGUACAACGUAAGAAACAAUUCUCACGUCAAAAAUCCGCUUCUACUUCGCGUCUCAAUAAUUCGGAAAACUUUAAGUCCGAACGUCCUUGUACACCAGUCGAAAAUCUACGACAUCAAUUACAAAAGCUGGAAGAUUUAGAAGAUCAAUUUCCCGAAAAUACUCUGGAUGCUACCUAUCAUUUGCGUUAUCCAUUUUCGGAUAUAUCCAAUGCCGAUUAUGCUGCUGCUGGGGCAGCCAGUUCGGAAUUGGAAUUCUUUAAGCAUCGCAUACAUCUAGAGCGUGAUUCGGUGCGUAGAGCCAAAGAAUCUUUGCGCACACAAAGAACCAAUUUCCGGGCCAGACAACGAGAGAUCAAACAACGUCACAAGGCCAUGGUUAGUCGCCAUAGUUUGGAUCAAUUGAUACAGGAGGAAAAAGAGCUUACCGAAAUGGAGGUGAACUUGCAUCGUACCAGAGCUUUAUUGGGUGAGAAGGUCAUACGUUUACGACACUUGGAACAGAGUCUUUUGCGUAUUUAUGAAAAAGAAAAACCUACCAUGGAUCUAUUGGGUGUGGAACAGAAAGAAGAUGCCACGCUCAGUGAUUUAUCCUCACAUUCUAGCUCAGGUUUUAGCAGCACUGAUUUUGCCAGUGGCGAUACACAGAAUCUUAAUAAACGUAAAGAUCUAUAUCAAUUAGAAUCGAAUGAUUGCAUUAAGAAUUUGGAAAUUUUGAAUGCCGAAAUACGAGAGAUUUUAGAUUUGUUGGGUAAAACGGGACAACAUGGAGCUUUAACCGCUCCCAUGAUCUCGCCUUCUGAAUUGAAUUGGUCGCAUAUGUUAACUACUGGAACGGUAGCAACCAAUAAUCCCUCAUCAGGUAACAACCAUAUUAAUCUACAACAACAACUUAAUGCCGCUAGCAAUGUUCCUUCCACACUACAUACAGCUCAUUCUAUUCCAACUUUAGCAGAUCGUUUGGAAACCUAUAGACAACUAGCCUCGGGACGCAUGCAGAAUUCUAUUAUAGCAGCCAAUACCAUAGUCUCACAAAAUCCUCGAGCCGUUAGCUAUACCACUAGUCUGGUGGAACGUACCAGAGAUUUACGCAAUUGGUUGAGGCAGGCUAAAAAUGAACAUGAACUCUUGAGCAGCAUGACCUUGGGUUUGACGGGUGUACAUCCCACUAAUCAAUUGACUGCUACUGCAGCUUUGGGUGCUAGUGGCAGCGGUGCCGGCGGUGGGGGAGGAUCACAAACGAAUCUAUAAUUAGAAGAUAAGGAUACAAAUAUGCCCGGUAUGGUAUUCUGUUGUUGGCGUAAACAGGCUACAUUGGCCUAAACUUAAAUGUUUUCCACACACACAUAAAAAGUAAGGUUAGAAAUGAAUGGUUGUUUUAUUAAAAUAUUUUAUAGCAAAUGAGUAAGAAUGUGUUAAUGGUGCCAAAGUUAAUAGAGAGAAUUAAUAAGAGUUGUUGCUAAACAAAAUGAAAAGAGUUUUAAAGAAAAGAAAAAAAGAUUUUUAAUAAAUUUAUUAAAAAAAUAUUAAGCUAAAUAAAUGUUAAAGAAAUAACACAACUUAAGAAAACUUUAUAUUAAAUUAUACUAUAAUUAUAAAAGAUUUAUUAUAGGAAAUAUUAAAAAAAAGAAAACUUGCUAUAAUUUCUCUCUCUCCCUCUCUCUCUAACCCUGCUAACAUUAUGUUAUUUUGACAGCAAACAAAAUUUUCUUUAAAUUUUAUUAAAGAAAACUUAACUGUUUGAUUAACUUAUUAAAAGACUUUAAAAUCCCUCCCCCUGUUUUAUUAUUUUUGAAAAAAAGGAAAUAACAUUUGCUAUAAUAAUAUUUUCUAUAUAUUUACAAAUAAUUUUAAAGCAUAUUCUUAGGCAGGCAAAUUGUUUUAGCAAUAAUUGCCUACUUUAAGGUGUUGACUUUAAUUAAAAACAAUUUUGAAAACUUCUUUUUUAAUUUCCCUUAAAAAAGUUUUGUGGUUUCUUAAAAACAAAAAAAUGGAAAUAAUUACUGGUAUACGUUAGACUGAUUGCACAUUUUAUAAGGCAUUAAAUUGUGUUUAUUAAUUUUUAAAAUCCCCUAAUUGUUUUUUCCAUAAAUUAAGAACUAAUUAAAAUUUUCUUAAUUAAAAUUAUUGUUAAAGUAAAUUUUUAAAACUAAAAUUAGUAAAAUAAUAAUUAUAUUAAAAACUAUGGCCAAUUUUAGGUUAAAUACUUUAUAUCAUAUAGAAAAAUGUAUAACAACUUGAGUGUAAACCAAAAGUGACACUUUCUUUGUCAAAUAGCUCUACAUCACGACUAUUCUAGGAAUGCCGGACAUUCUUAAAUAGGAUGGCGAGACAUUCAAACAUAGUACUCGUAUUCGUACGAUGACACAGGGACUCUACUCUAAAUUGUAUUGCUGAUGAGCUCGCGAAGUCGGGUACGCAAUUGCCCGACUCGGACAUAGACCAUUUCUGCGGUACUCCGAUAGGAGUAUGCAAAAGACUUAUAUAUAACAUGUUUAAUGGAUUCUCUCAAGAAAGAUAGGAAAAUGAGCCUACUUUUACUCAAACAAAGAAAAUAUGACCAAAGCUUGAUAAAGAGCGCACGGACCAUCUUCUACCAUACAGCCGUACCCAACUCAGCAAAACUGGACACUGUAAAUUUUUUAACCACGCAAUGCGACUUGGAUUACCUUAUAAUGACUACUGCAUAAGCUGUCAAGACAAGGAAGUGGAGAGGAAUCAAUAGAACAUCUUCUUUGCCACUGUCCGGCACUGGAAAACAUCCGACUUUGGUAUCUAGGACAUCGAUUUCUGGAGGAAUCCUCAGAGUUAUUAGGAACUAAAAUAGAUAACCUUAACGCCUUUAUCAGACAUUGCGAUUGGUUUGACGACACAAACUCAAAUAGCACUGAUCAGUAGCUUUUUCGAGUUCGAGACUCUUUUCCGUUUAAGUACUUAAUCUCUCUCUCUCUCUGACUAUCUUAUCUCAGUCUUUCAGUGUCCUCUAGUACACUUAAUUUCUCUUUCUUACCAUAACUUUCUACUCCUCUUCUUUAAUAUAUUUACAGGUAUCACAUAGGGACCAAAAGGACCCCCGCUGCAUUAACUAUUUCACGUAUACGGAACACCGGGGUCCCUAGAUUUUUUUAAAUUUUUCUCGAUUUGGAACUUUAUUUUGAGUUCACAACUACAGUAAAUGGGUUUUUCCAAAGAAAAAUAUGUUGUUUUUAUAAUUUGAUGUCACUACAUGCUAAAGAGGAUAAUAUCCUGUGAUAUCCUUUGAAAACACUUCAAAAUAAAAUGUUUAGUGAAGUCAUAUCCAUAAAAAGUCCAGUGCUUUAGUUUUGUGCGUAAAAGGGUUAAAGAGCCCGUUACAAAUGAUUCUGUUGGAUAUAUUUCAAAGAUUUAUCUCAGAGAGAAUUUGAGUAACAAAGUACUGCUCUCUAUUCCCUUUAAAUGUCCUAUCAUCUUCGUCUACCUAAUGAUAGCUUCUGUGAUGGGUUCUAUUUCCAACUGAGGCACUGGUUGUGGAGAGCACAACAGGCCCGAUAGAAGCCUAGGUGUAUUUCUUUGGAUUUCAUAUAUAUACAUUGUCCUUUCAAACUAACUAACUAAUUAGUUGUCUGGAAAGCGUACCUGCCUCACGGUAAUUAUAGUAACAAUCUUAACUGAUCUCUACAAAAGCUGGCGUCACAAAGAGGAUUGAAAUUCUUCAUAUAGCUCAAUUGGAAGGAACAGAUCUCACUUUUUUAGAGACCACAGAUUACAGAAGUCUUUACAGAGUAUUUCGGUUUUCAUGGAUACUGUUGGAUAUUUAAAAGAUUUAUCCUAGAUAUGUAGUUCAUUCAUAUCUAAGAGAAUAAUUCUCAUUAAAUGUCGUAUAGUUGCAGAUCAGACACCGUUUCAUCUUCCUCAUUCUUAUGACCGCUUCUACAGUCGUCAUAAUAUUAAAGACCCCUAGCCCAGUAUUCAUAAAGAUAUUAUUUGCUUAUUUUAGGUUUAUUACGCACAUUUUUCAUAUAAAAACUCCCACAAUAAACCAUCAAUAACUUUAUUAAUCAUUUAUGAAUAUGGGGACUAGUCUUCAUUAAAGUGUAGCUAUGUCACAGUAGUUACAAUUACAAUCUUUACUGAUAUCUACGAAAGGUUGCGCCUAUUAUAGAGAGGGUUGGAAUUAAAUCUUAACUUAUCACUACAUAGGUCAAAAAGACUGGGAUUCUGCAUAUAGUUCAAUUAAAAUGAGUAAUUUCUAAUUUAUAAGAGUGACACCAUUCGGAUAACUUAGUGAGUCUGUACAGAGUAAUUCAGGUUACAUUGAUUCUAUUGGAUAUAUUUUAAAGAUUUAUCGCAUAUAUGUAAAUCUUUCACAGUUGAGAGAAAAGAAAUACCAAAGUGAUGCUCUCAAUUAUCUUUAAAUGUCUAGUAGUAACAGAGCGGACAAUGUCUAAUCUUCCUCUUCCCUAUGACCGCUUUAUUAUAUUAAUGAAAUAAUAUUCUAUUUAACGAAUCUCUACAAAAGCUUCUGCCCAUCAUAAAAAGGGUUGGGAUACUUCAUAAAGUUUAAUUGGAAUAAGCAAUUUAUAAUACCAGGGGAUACUAGUAAAGCCUUUCUGUGAUGAUCUCUUCCCCCAUUUUCCCCUUCUUUAAAAGUCUUAGUCUUAAAUUUUACAUCUUUGCAUUCCGAUCCAGAAUCUAUUAUGGGAUGGGAUCUCAUCAAACAAGUUUAUGAUUAAUCGCCAGGUUCCUUUUGCCUAAACAUAUUACAUUUCUUUAUCAAAUUUCCAUUCCUGUCUAAUGUUAUUAUUCGAUAGCUGUAAUGGCAUUCAAAAACUUUGGAGAUUGGGACAUUAAGGCAUAUGAUUCGCUUAAUAACGUCGCAAGUUCAGGAACAUGUCUACCGCCACAAGACUCCGUUGUUUUCCUUACUUUGUCAAACUUCUUGUUAGGGCUGAAGUAAUAGAUAAUGGAUUACUUCGGCCCUAACAAGUCCAUUAAAGAUUUAUGUAAAUUACGUGAGAAUACAGUGUGUUAUCAACUGGCACUAGGACUGAUGGUCAGCAGAGUACAGAUGCGAACAUUAUCUUGUAUCGGUUAUUGAAGAGUAUCCUUCGGCCUUCGGACACAGAUUAAUUACUUUAUUCCGAUAGACCUAAAAGCAGGUGAUAGCGUAAAGCACUUCAAUGUCUUCUUCAGAUGAUUUUUUGAUGCACUAAUUAUUUUGACCGUCUCAAAAUAUGUUAAACUCAAUCCCUGAUGAAAUAAGAAGAUAGUGUUGCGGUUUAAAAAAUAAUCUUCCAGUUAAUAGCUAUGCUCUUGUCCUUAAUCUCAUAUCUGCUACUUAUUACUUAUGAUUGGUUUACGUGGUAGUUCACUAAGCCCAAACUGUCAAGUAGAAUCGAAGAGACUCCGUUUUGACUGGACCACUCCACUCGUCAGAUGUAGCUGUGAGAAAUCUGAGGAUAUCAUUAAGCGUUUUCUCUUUAGGACCGCAGCUGAGCAUUCACAGAGGAGAUGAAAGUCCGUUUCUUCCUUUUUCCUGUUUUAGCAAGGAAGCCCAAGCCGACUUGCAUGUCUGCCUAUUACCCAGUGUCCUGUUAUUACUGCUAUCAGCCUCGAUAUGUCCCACCUACUUCGGUUCAUUAGGAGUCUUGUGCGUUUCUCAUUGAAGGAGCGUCACAAUAACUUUGCCCCUUUACAUGUGUCUAGAUUAUUUUACCGGUUUUCUGCCUUUUGAAGAAAGAGUUUGAGAAUAUUACUCUUGAAGACACUUACCGGAGUUGCUAAUAAAACGGCGUUGGAAAUGUCAAGAGCUUGUUCUGACCAAUAGACAAGUGGUAGUAUAAGAGUUAAGUGAAUGAAGUGCCGCUUGACUAUCGACAAAAAUUCCUAUGUUCCCGCAAAUAUUGAAGUCAUAUAAUACCCUACAGGCUGACAUUUUCGCAAGUAUUUCAGCCUGAAAGACACUACAGUUGUUGGGAAGACGGUGGAAUAUACUUACCCUAACACCACUCGCUCUUGGAAAGAACACUGACUUUGAAGACUCUAUCAAAGUCCGUAUGUGGGGUAAUAUAGUCAGACGAUUGGUUAAAGAUUGUAGGUAACAAGCUUAAAAUCUUAGCGUGUUCCUAUGUUCUUGAUCUCCAACUUCCGGAUGAGUUAAGCCUUACUUUGCUGCAAGCAGAUAUGACCAUUAUAUGUAGAUCCAUAGGUAGGAUGUAUAAUAUAGUGUUCAGAGCUUUUGAAGGAGAAGUUCUUAGAGCACCUGUAAUCCCAAUGCAUGCUGAUCUCUGAACUUCAACACACAUCUUCUUAGUUAAAGUCCACUAUACAGAAGAUCCGUAUAUAAGAAUAGAAAGUACUAGAUGUGGACAUCCAUUUAAUUAUAUUGGAACUAAGUCCCCAUUUCAUUCCAAACAUCUUAAGACAAGUAUAUUAGGCGACCGUUACCUUCCUGAAUCUUUGUUGGAUGUUAAGCUUACAUGAUAAUUUGGGGCCUAGAAUAAUUCCUUGAUAUUUGGAAUUGUUUGAUAAGAUAAUUUCGCGGUUUUUUUAACGGAGUCAAGUUGAAGCUUUUAAUCUUGGUUUUUGUAGUGAAUAGUACCAGUUCUGUCUUAUUUGGAUUUACUUCUACACCACUGUCUGUGGCCCAGUUACUGGGUAGCACAAAAACACUAGACAUAAUAUCACUAAUUAUUCCUGAUACCAGUAUCACAACAUAGUCCGCACAAGCAACAAUCUUCAUACCUCUUUUAUUUGUGUUCCAUAAGAAUCGAGUUAACAACGAUGAGCCAGAGUAGUGGAGAGUUUAGUGUGAUGUCCCUCCUUCUCUCAUAGUAUUCAAUUCGAGGGAUCUUUUAAUAACUCUGUCUCUGUAGAUCGUCUCUUAAGGUAGGCAUGUUGACAGGUUGAGAGACGUGGUGAGCUCUCUAGUCAUUGCCUAAUAUGUGAGUCGUUGAGUCUUUUCCAGCGUUUUGAGCUGAAGAGAUGAAAGACAAAUUGGACGAAAGUCUUUUGCAUUCUCUGCCUCUGUGAUAAGCUCUCUAGUCGUUGUCUAAUAUGUGAGUAGAUGAGUCUUUCCAGCGUUUUGAGCUGAAAAGAUUGAAGACAAAUUGGAUGAAAGUCUUUCGCAUUGUGUGGCUCUGUGAUAAGCUCUCUAGUCGUUGUCUAAUAUGUGAAUUGAUGAGUUUUUCCAGCGUUUUGAGCUGGCUCCUUUUACCAGCUUUGGGAAAAAAAUACGACUUUAAUCUUUCUCCAGUUUAGCGGAACAUGACUGAGAGGGAGACUGAGCGUAUAUAUUCACGAAUCUGAAUUCAUUCGAACUGCUGGAGAUGUGAAAAUUAGUUUUCUGUUGUAAAAUUUUGUUUAUGAUGUAAAGUAUUUAACAAAAUAUUACUUUAAACAAACUGUGUUUAAUAAAAAUUAGUAAAUAUGGGGCCUAGAAUAUAAAGCAUUCUAUAAAAAUCUUAUUAAGUUUAAGUAUACUUAAAUAUAUCAUAAACUAAGUCAUAGAUCAGGUCUGUUAAACACUCUAGAAUCUAGUCAUAUUUAAGAGUAAGACAUGUUUUUUUUAGUUCCACUAAAUUAUCAAAAUUAAGGACCUACUUAAGGACCUAGAUCUCAAAAACCUAAACCUAGACUGUUUAAUUUAUCAUUUCAUAAACUUUAACUUAGACAAAAAAAAACCCUAAAAGCUUAAAAUUUAAACUUAAAUAAUAAAAAUAAAACAAAUUUAUAAUUUGUUAAAUAAAAAAUAUUAAACAAAUAGCAAUAAAUAGAUAUUAUUAGCUACUGAAAUAAAAAAUAAAAUAUAUCAACAAAUUACAUUACAAUUUAUAGCCUACUUUUAGGCUAGACACAUAAAUACAAUACUUUACUCUACAUUUAGGAUAAAUUGUAUUGUAAUUUGUUUGAAAA